GAGGCCAGCCUUUCUACAGAGGGAAUCCCAAGACAGCCAGGGCUACCCAGAGAAACCCUUUCUAAAAACAACGCAUGGAAGACUGAGGCUGUAGCUCAGUGAUAGAAUGCUUGCUUGAGUCUGAUCCCUAAAGCCACAUCUCCAGCUGUUAGCUCUACACACUCCGCACCUCUCCAGCCUCUGACAACAACCAGUUCGCAAUGAUCACGGGGCCCGGCCCCCUCAUUUCCUUUCGGAAAGGACCCACCCCCAAGCUUCCCAGGCCAGAGCGCAACGGGCGGAAGUGACGGCAUCAGAUUGCGUCGGGCUCCGGCGGGGUCGAGUCCGGUAGCGGUGGCGGGUUCCUGCUGGCGGUUUGACUAGGUCUCUGCGGUCCAGAUUCGUGUUAAAUUGCUCCUGCUUUGUGAAAGAUCUGGCCUUUCAAAAAGCAUCACUGUUUCAUGGUGUGUGGAGAUAACCUGGAAAGUUAAGAACGUGUCUAAGGAGAAUUUGCAGAGGAUGCUCUAGGAAAACUCUGAACACUGAAGGAAGUGAGGAUCAUGGACCAGAACAACAGCCUUCCUCCUUAUGCUCAGGGCUUGGCCUCCCCACAGGGAGCCAUGACUCCUGGAAUUCCUAUCUUUAGUCCAAUGAUGCCUUAUGGCACAGGACUUACUCCACAACCUAUUCAGAACACCAAUAGUCUGUCUGUUUUGGAAGAGCAACAAAGACAGCAGCAGCAGCAACAGCAGCAGCAGCAGCAGCAGCAGGCAGUAGCAACUGCAGCAGCCUCAGUUCAGCAAUCAACAUCUCAGCAGCCCACACAGGGUGCCUCAGGCCAGACUCCACAGAUCUUCCAUUCCCAGACUCUGACCACUGCACCCUUGCCAGGCACCACCCCCUUGUAUCCUUCACCAAUGACUCCUAUGACCCCGAUCACUCCUGCCACACCAGCCUCUGAGAGCUCUGGGAUCGUACCACAGUUGCAAAAUAUUGUAUCCACGGUGAAUCUUGGAUGUAAACUUGACCUAAAGACCAUUGCACUUCGUGCCCGAAAUGCUGAAUAUAAUCCCAAGCGGUUUGCUGCUGUCAUCAUGAGAAUAAGGGAGCCGCGAACAACUGCGCUGAUCUUCAGCUCUGGGAAGAUGGUGUGCACCGGAGCCAAGAGUGAAGAACAAUCCCGAUUAGCAGCGAGAAAAUAUGCUAGAGUUGUGCAGAAGUUGGGAUUCCCAGCUAAGUUCUUAGACUUCAAGAUCCAAAACAUGGUGGGAAGCUGUGAUGUGAAGUUCCCCAUAAGGCUGGAAGGCCUUGUGCUGACCCACCAGCAGUUCAGUAGCUAUGAGCCAGAAUUAUUUCCUGGAUUAAUCUAUAGAAUGAUCAAACCAAGAAUUGUUCUCCUUAUUUUUGUUUCUGGAAAAGUUGUAUUAACAGGUGCUAAAGUUAGAGCAGAAAUCUAUGAAGCAUUUGAAAACAUCUACCCCAUCUUAAAGGGGUUCAGGAAGACCACAUAGUGGCUGCCGUGCGUUAUUGCCCCCCACCCACUUGUUUUUUAAACCUGUCAGUUGUGGUAC